AGCGCCCUCUGUUCCUUUUAAGAUUCUUUUUUGCAGUUAACACAUUGUGGGUAUGUUUGCGUAUUGAAAUAUUAGUAAAAUUGAAGAAUAUUGUAGAAUCUUUCAAAAUAUAGUAUUUAUCGGGUGAAAGAUGGCUCCCAGAAAAGGAAAAGUACAGAAAGAAGAAGUACAGCUUUCACUUGGACCUCAAGUCCGAGAAGGCGAAAUAGUUUUUGGAGUUGCUCACAUUUUUGCAAGUUUCAAUGAUACUUUCGUCCAUGUAACUGAUUUGUCUGGAAGAGAAACCAUCUCCAGAGUUACUGGUGGUAUGAAAGUAAAAGCCGACAGAGAUGAAGCUUCUCCUUAUGCCGCUAUGUUAGCAGCUCAAGAUGUAGCUGAAAAAUGCAAAACAUUAGGUAUUACUGCACUCCACAUCAAGUUGCGAGCAACCGGUGGUAACAAGACAAAAACUCCUGGACCAGGAGCUCAGAGUGCCCUCAGAGCUUUGGCUCGUUCCAACAUGAAGAUUGGACGCAUUGAAGACGUUACACCAAUCCCCUCAGAUUCCACUCGUAGGAAGGGAGGUCGUCGUGGACGUAGGUUGUAGAUUUUUUUAACUGUGACAUGGUUCAUUCAGGAAGUUAUCUUUAUAUGUUAAGUGUAUACAAAACUUUAAAAAUAAAAACUUGAUUGAGCCGUGAG